AUGGAGGGACAGUUUGACGACGCCGCACAAGAUCGAGUGCGUGCCGCCGUCGAGUUUCUCGACCCAAGUGAUGCGAGAGCGCGCAGUUAUCGGGCUGAUAUCUUGUUGAUGUUGAAUCGGGGGUUGCGUCGAUUGAUAGUUAGCAUUGAUGAGAUCCGUGCGCAUAACCGUGAAAUGGCCGAUGGCCUUCUCACAUCGCCAUAUGAAUACUCCGAUGCCUUUGAAAAGGCCCUUAAAGAGAUCAUCAAGACUUUGCCGAAUAGGCCAUCGAGGGAGACGGGAGACGAUGUGAACUACCAUUGCGGCUUUGUCGGCGCAUUCGGAGAAUAUUCCUGCAACCCUAGGACGCUCGGUUCCUCCCACCUGAAUCGAAUGAUCUCCCUCGAGGGUAUCGUCACGAAGUGCUCCUUGGUCCGACCUAAGAUUAUUCAGAGUGUGCAUUGGAGCGAGCGCGGUCAGAAGUUCCUUACGAGGAAGUACAUGGAUGCGACGAUGACCGCCAGUGGUGCAACGAGCAUGAGCAUUUAUCCCCAGGAAGACGAGGAGAAGAACCCGCUUGUCACAGAAUACGGUUUCUCCACGUAUAUGGACCAUCAGACUAUCUCGAUCCAAGAAAUGCCCGAGAGAGCCCCGGCUGGCCAGCUGCCUCGGAGUGUGGAUGUGAUUGUUGACGAUGAUCUGGUUGAUCGCGCUAAGCCAGGUGACAGAAUCCAGCUUGUCGGAGUGUACCGCUCUCUGGGUAACAGAAACGCUUCGUCUACGUCUGCCACAUUCCGCACGCUUGUCCUUGCGAAUAACAUUAUCCAAUUGUCUUCAAAAUCUGGUGGAGGAAUCGCACAGGCCACCAUUACCGACACCGACAUCCGCAACAUCAAUAAGGUCUCCAAGAAGAAGGGCGUUUUCGAACUCUUGUCGCACUCCCUCGCGCCCAGUAUCUACGGACAUGAUUACAUCAAGAAGGCCAUCCUGCUCAUGCUGCUCGGUGGUAUGGAGAAGAACCUGGACAACGGCACACACUUGCGUGGUGAUAUCAACAUUCUCAUGGUCGGUGACCCUUCGACCGCCAAGUCUCAACUGCUUCGUUUCGUCUUGAACACCGCCCCGCUUGCAAUUGCCACGACAGGUCGAGGAUCUUCCGGUGUCGGUCUUACGGCUGCCGUCACGUCUGACAAGGAAACUGGCGAGCGGAGACUUGAAGCUGGUGCCAUGGUUCUGGGUGAUCGCGGUGUGGUCUGUAUUGAUGAGUUUGACAAGAUGAGCGAUGUCGAUCGUGUGGCUAUCCACGAAGUCAUGGAGCAGCAAACUGUCACCAUUGCGAAGGCCGGUAUUCACACGAGUUUGAACGCCCGAUGCAGUGUCCUGGCCGCUGCCAAUCCGAUCUACGGACAAUACGACCCCCACAAAGACCCCCACAAGAACAUUGCCCUUCCUGAUUCUCUGUUGUCGCGUUUCGAUUUGCUCUUCGUUGUGACCGAUGACAUUGAGGAUUCAAGAGACAGAAUGGUGUCAGAGCACGUCCUCCGUAUGCACCGCUACCGCCAGCCCGGCACUGAGGAGGGUGCUCCUGUCCGCGAACAGCUUCACCAAACGCUUGGUGUCGGCCUCGAGGAUACGCAGGACUCGAACCAGCCUACAGAUGUCUACGAGAAGUUCAAUGUCAUGCUUCACGCCGGCAUGGCCCACAUGAGCCGGUCCAAGAGCAAGAACAUUGAGAUUUUGAGCAUUCCUUUCAUUAAGAAAUACAUCCAAUACGCCAAGUCUCGUGUCAAGCCCGUCCUGACCAAGGGAGCCGCCGACCACAUUGUCGCAACAUAUUCUGCUCUGAGAAACGACGAAUUGUCCGGUAACCAGCGCAGAACAUCGCCCAUCACUGCUCGUACCUUGGAAACCUUGAUCCGUCUGUCCACGGCUCACGCCAAGUCACGCCUCUCCAACAGAGUCGAGGAGCGCGACGCCAAGAUCGCGGAGUCUAUCCUCCGGUUCGCCAUGUUCAAGGAAAUUGUUGAAGACGAGCGCCGCAAAAGGAGAAAGGUCGCUUCGUUCGACGAAGACUCCGAGAGCAGCGACUCUGACUCCGAUGACGACGACAACACUCCUGCGCAAACAUCCAGCGCCACUCCUCGAUCAACCAGGAGAGGCGGUCUCCGAUCCCGUGGAGCCAACGCACGUUCUACCACCAACGAGGACACAGAAAUGGACGCAGAUGGAGAUGCGGUCUCCGAGGAUGGCGAUGGCUUGUACAAUGCUAGUCCCCGCGGUCAACGCCUCCGCUCUAGUCAAACAUCCCGCACGCAGACACAAACACAAAGCCAGUCCCGUAUGUCUGUGGCUUCAUCUCGACCCGCGUCACAGCUCGUCGAGUCGCAGACCGACAACUCGCAGUCACAGAACACUACUGUGUCAUCUGAACCGAUCCAGCCCGCUCGUUUGACGGUCUUCAGGCAAGCACUGGGUCCCCUGAUGGGCACACGACUAUUCACCCACGGUGACACCGCCGACGUCGAAUCGCUCAUUGGAGCUGUGAACACUGCGCUGCGCAGCACACCUUCGCUGGGCGAGUCACACGUCUUCCAGCGCGGAGAAGCAAUCCAGGCCCUGAGGGCUAUGAACGAGAGGAACGAACUAAUGUACCUUGAGGAAGACGAAACCGUCUACAGAAUCUAA